AUGGAUUCAACGAAAGCUGAAGCUGAAAAUAUCGAGCCAUCGGCCGGUAAAGAGCUACUCGAUAAAUACUGGGCUGAAAUCAAGCAAGAAAUCGACGAUAUUAACAUUGUCGAAUUUCGUACAACCGAUUUACCUUUGGCACGAAUCAAGAAGAUCAUGAAAUUAGAUGAUGAUGUCAAAAUGAUCAGUGCAGAAGUGCCCAUCCUGUUUGCUAAAGCUGCUGAGCUAUUCAUUCAGGAAUUAACAAUUCAUUCAUGGUUGCAAACAGAAGAAAGUCGACGACGUACUUUACAGCGUAAUGACGUCGCAGCUGCCAUUGCUAAGAACGAACUUUUCGAUUUUCUCAUCGAUAUCGUUCCGCGUGAAGAGGCGACCAAAACACACAAGAAAAAAGACUCUGUCAGCGAAGUACAAUACAUCGUUACAUUACCAACCUCGGCUGGUAUCGGCAACACAAUUCAAUUGCCAAAUGGUCAAAUUAUUCAAUUACCGCAAAAUCUAUCAUCGAAUAUUGUUACAAUGGCAACACCACAAGGUACCCAACAACAAUAUACAAUUGGACAAUAA